AUGCUUGGUUAUAGGGGAGACGUAUCUGCAAGAGUUGUAUCAACGAAGUCAGAGAAACCAGAAGCUUUUGUAGGUGAGAUAGAUGGAGACAUACCUGUUGUGACUGGAGCAGCAGUAUCCAAUGGAAUAUCCCUCAGCAACCGAGUGGAUUCUGAGACAUCUCUCGAGGAGAACAGUCUCAUUAUAAGAGCUGAAAUCGGAAAAUUAAUGGGAACCCACAUAAGCAAGAACAAGCAUGGUGAAACUUCAGGUGCAGUCAACAAUCUGCAAUACACAAAAGAACUCAAUUCCUAUGAAGCUGCCUGCAGGCUUGAUGCAGAUGUGCAAUCCUUCGAUACGACUCUCCAAUCAAGAACCAAUAACGUUAUCAGUUCUCUAGCUGUUGGGGUGGAAGUUCGAGCUCUGUCUGUGGAUUCUUUGAAGGAUGUGACGGAAUGUCUGCUGGAGAUGAAUCAGGAGGUAGUUAAGGUAAUCUUGGAGUGCAAGAAACACAUAUGGAAGAAUCAAGAAUUGUUCGAGCUGGUGGAGGAUUACUUUGAGAAUAGCUUUAAGACUUUAGACUUCUGUUCUUCGUUGGAGAAGUGCCUAAAGCGUGCUCGUGACGGUCAAUUGCUCAUUCACUUCGCGCUUCAGCAGUUCAAAGACGAGGAUGAUCCAAUGGGAGGAAAUAGAUAUACUAGAACAUUGGAAGAGUUGAAGAAUUUCAAAGCCGCUGGCGACCCUUUCACUGCAGAGUUCUUCCAAAAUUUCCAGUCUGUCUAUAAGCAACAAAUAUUAAUGCUCGAGAAAUUGCAACUUCGAAAGAACAAGCUCGACAAGAAACUAAAAUACAUACACACUUGGAGAAAGGUCUCGAGUGUUAUCUUUGCUGCCACAUUUGCGGCUGUGCUAAUUUGCUCGGUAGUGGCUGCUGCCAUGGCUGCACCGCCCGUGGCAGCUGCUCUUGCCGCAGCAACUUCCAUUCCAUUGGGAUCAAUGAGAAAGUGGAUUAAUUCCCUUCUAAAGAACUACGAAAUUGUUAUUAAACGUCAAAAGGAGAUAAUUAACUGUGUGAACAUUGGCACAUAUGUCACUAUUAAGGACUUGGAUAGUAUUCGAGUACUCAUUGAUAAAUUGGAGGCUGAGAUCGGAUCACCCUUAAAAAAUGCUGAUUUGGUUAUCAACGAAGAGGCCGUGAAACCAGGCAUUGAAGAAAUCCAGAAGAAACUUGACGGAUUCAGGAAAAAUAUCGAGGAUUUAGGGGUGCAAGUUGAUGUUUGCAGCCGUGACAUUCGUCAGGCUAGGACUGUUAUACUGCAACGGAUUAUCAGACAUCCCAACCAUUGA